CUAAAGCUCCUAAGCGUUCCGCCUUCGAGCACGCCUUCCCGCUCGCUCCACUGACUCUGUCCUGAUUGACUGAACUGUGGGCUCGCGGGCUUAGCUCAGGCAGUCUCGCUUGCCGAUUCCUCCCUGAACGAUUCAACAGCCAAACGGGCAAGAAACUCAUGUCGAAGUGCCGCAUGUUAAUCCAGGAGAACCAGGAGUUGGGUCGGCAGCUGUCGCAGGGGCGCGUUGCGCAGCUCGAAGCCGAGCUGGCGCUCCAGAAGAAGUACAGCCAGGAGCUCAAGAGCGGCCAGGACGAGCUCAACGACUUCAUCAUCCAGCUGGAUGAGGAGGUGGAGGGCAUGCAGAGCACCAUCCUGGUGCUGCAGCAGCAGCUCAAAGAGGCGCGGCACAAGUUGCAGCAGGUGUCUGCGCCUGCGCCCGGCACCGGCGGGCCAACGACCCACGGCCCAGCCGCCUCUCAGAGCCCGCAGACCACCGCCGCCGCCUCCUCCUCCUCCGCUGCGGACGGUCCGUCGCCUCCGCCGCCCCCGCCACCCAACGUGACUGCGACCCGGGCGCCGUCGGAGUCGCGCUCCAGCCCCGGGCGCUCGCCGGCGCGGCUCUCGGAAGCCAGCGCCCACGGGGUCUCCGACGCCGACAGAGACUUCUCUCCGCCGCCCUCCCCGGAUGACGGCUCCGGCUGCGCCGGCGGCUCGUCGGACCGGGCGGGGGAGCUGCGUUCGUGCUCUCCGGCCGAGGGGACGUCCUCGUGCGAGCCCGGCGGCGGCGGCGGUGGCGGCGCCGGCGGCGGCGCCGGUCGGAUGGAGACGGAGUGUGCCGAGAGCCCCGGAGAGGGCGGCGGCGGCGGCGACGGCCGCGUAGCGUCGGCGGAGCAUCUGUCGGCGUCGCCGGACACGGCGAGCGGGCCCCAGCAGUCGCCGGAGCAGUCGAACGGCGUGUGCGUCGCCAGCAGCAGCACGGCGGCGCGGCCCCGCUCGGCCGACAGCGCCGGCGGCGGCGCCGCGGAGCCCGCGGCCUCCUCGCCGCUUGACAAGGAGGAGGACGACGACGACGACGACGAGGACGACGACGACGACGACGAGGAGGAGGACAUGGAGACGCGCGGCGCCGGGAGCGCGCGUGGAAACCACCUGGCGGAGGAGCGCGGGGGCGGCGGCGUGAGCAGCAGCGGCGGCGUGGUGAAGGGGUACGAGGACAUCGACUCCCCCGUCGGGAGCGACUCCCCGCGGAGCGGCCCGGCUUCCCCCAAGCCGGCGGGGACCGCGGGUGCCGGGGGGGUGGAGGCGGACACGGCGGGCGGGGCGACGCUCAAUGGCUUCGAGCACCCGUCGGACUCGGACUCGGACGACGACGACGAUGAGGACGACGACGACGACGACGAGGGAUCGAGCUGAUUGGGCCUUGGCGCCACGGGGGGUAAACGGCGCAUCCCCCACUCCUUUCACCCCCUUGUACAGGAAAGAAAAAGAUACGUUACAAAGCACGCUUCUAAAUAUUGUUGGCGAGGAGACGGGUGUGUGCUCGCGUUGGUUCGCGUACGGCAUUUUCCGUUGCCGUGCAGACUCCGUGAUGAUUGCCGUUGGGCCGGAGCCCGGCGGUGCGAGGUCGUGUCUGCGCUCGUAGACCGUUUGGUUUUCCAGUGGAAGUUGCUCGUGGCUUGCGCGCCGUUCUCCACCAAGCUGAGUCAAGCUAAGUGAGCGAGCUCCCACCUGCGUUUUAAUUUGGUGCCGCGGUGGAGAGACGUUAAAUACCUCGCCUAUUAUAUAAGACGUCGUGGGUUUGAUACCGACCCUGACGCUUGUAUAUUUGGAGUUUGCAUGUUCUCCCUCUGGUCACCUGAAUUUUUCUCCGGGUCCUCCGGUUUUUCCCUCCACAUUUAGAAACAUGCGUUUAGAUUAUUUGGCUGAAAUACAUUUCCAUAUGAUGAUAAGCCACUUCGUUGAGCUAUCAUUUGUGGCCAGGUCGCUUCUGAAAAAGAGCUAUAUAGCUCAGUGGGCCAUGCGUGGUAAAAUAAAAACAAAUUUUUGUUAUUAUUUUUGUUAAUUUAUGUGACCCGCACGGAGAUCGUUUGCACUGGCAGAGCAAACGAUCUGAUUUUAAGCGUGUGCCCUUCGGCGAGUAAACCAUCGUGGUAGCUGCCAACGUGUAACAUCACGACCGUAACGACGGAGCAUUUUGUAAUUUUAAUUAUUUUUUUAAAUUAAACCCGCGCUGCCACUGCUGGCGGGUUGAGGUUGCCCUGCAGGGCACGCGGCCAGUCUGGUGUCGCGGGCAGAAUUGAGGCAAAGUGUACGCUACACUGGCAGAGAAGCCCUCUCGGACACAAACACACGCGUGCACACACAGCAGAGGAAACCACAGUCUAACCGUUGUGUUUGCGUUUUAAUGUCCCACCGUUUGAAAUUUACGCGUGGAAGGGCGGUGGUUUAACGAGCGUUUGUGGACGGUGAAGCCCGGUGGGUUGUGGUGAAUUGGUGUCAUCCAAGGUGGAGUGAAAUUCGGGGGUGGUGGACCGCCGUGGGUGGUGGUGUUAACCGUGGCUUCUGCUGAUAAGGCCCUUUUAUUACUGUCAUGAAAACUGGCGGCAGUUGCGUGAGAAGAUGUUGCCUUUCUGCUCAGCGUGUCACGAUUCAUCACGUACAGUCGAUUCUUUACACUCCCUGUGCAUGCAUCGAAUUGUGUAGGGAUUUACGUGUUUGAUGCAAACUAUAUGCCGAUGAAAACUAUAUGCUGAUAUACCUUUAGGGCACAACGACAACCAUACAGAACGGUACAAACUGGACAGUACAAAUGAGACGAAACAUCGUAACAAAUCCUCGUUUAACGAGAAUUCUUUAAAUCUCUCGGGUGGUGAUGAAUCAAUAUCGGCGUAAUUGAUGUGAUGUUGGUAUUGAAAGCGUUCCCCUUCUUUGAACACAACCAUGACCCUAACUUUGGGAUUGUUCCAAUUGAGAAUCAUGGGCGUGCCCCCCCCCCCCCCUUAAUAAAUGCAGUUACCCAUGUUAAUAACGGAACACCGAGAGCCGCGGAAUCUGCAUCACCCGCUGUUCACGCCAUCAAUUUUAAUGACCCGUUUUCCCCUGCGCCCCCUUGCGGGCUGGUCAGUCGUCACCCCCACCACCUCCCGCAGUUGCAGACACGGUCGUUCUGAGCAAGUUGACCGGGGCGAGGCGGUUGCCCACAGCUGGCAACGCUUCGGCGACUGAAAGAUAUUACUGGCGGUGUAGGAUUUUCCAACUCCGUUGGUACAUGUUAUCGUCUGGUGUGUGUGUGUGCGCGCGCGCGUGCGUGCGUCGUCAUCGUCAUCCUUUGCUUAACGUGCUCGUGACCUGCAAAGUGCAGGACUCGCUGGUCAAGGCAUGGUUGGAGUUGAGCGGCAAGCCGCGAAACCAGUUGGUAAUACCCCACCCCACCUCCGUAGUUUGUUGUCAACGUUGGCAGGAAUACAAGUUGUUUGGCACGGGUGCCACUUGCAUUGUUGUUACCUUUGGUUUGAAAUUGGGACGGGCACCGUCUGUUUGUUUGGCGGCAGCGCCGGUUUUCACGGCUUCUUGUGACCACCUUUAGGUGCUCCUUUCCCCCCCCAAAGUGUACCCGUGGGAUAUGUCCGUGCCCUAGAGCCAUGCCCCCAUGCCUGCUGUGGCUCGGGGGUGUUGCUGGCCGCAGUUUGUGUAUAUUGGGGUGCACUUUGUUAAUACGCAUCAGAUCAGCCCCGGCUGACGCCCAUUGACACCUGAUAUUUAACCACGAGUGGCUCGCAAUGAUUAGGUGCGCACGUGUUAUUUUCUGACAAAUGACCAAAAUAAAACAUGCGUGUGCUUUUUUUUUGUAUUCUA